AUGGAUCCUAAAGAUAUCGACACAGCUUCUGCGGUGAAAUCUGCGCAUCGGGCGUGCGAUCAUUGCAGGCAAAGGAAACUUGCAUGCUCCAAAGAUCCAGAUGGAUGCGAUCGAUGCAAGCGAGAGAAUAUCAUAUGCCAUUAUUCUAAGUCGAAACCUAUGGGUCGGCCGAGGAAACGACAAUUCGUCGAGACAACGAUCCAAGAAGCAGGUCAGAACGACAACAAUCAAGACCCGGAACCGUUGCUUUCCUUCGCAGAUAAUCUCGAUUAUAACGAUGACUUACUGGCCGAGCCAUACUUUACAACAGGCCAGCCGGUUAUUUCGUCCCUAGAUAAUGUUUUCGAGGGCCUUGGCACAGAAGUUAAUAGUGAUCAGCAUAUCUGGCAUUUUGGAGACCCGGUUGGAGGCCCUCCUAUAAAUUUUGAAGAUAUCGACUUGGGAACCGGCGAGAGCAAUAUACCUUCCCUAGAGCCGGCACCAAGAUCAUCUAUAAUAACGAACACUGCCAACACAGACAAAAAUCCCUCAUCAACUAUCAUAGGGCCAUGUAGUUGCCUGGCCUCGAUGUAUCUGUCCCUAGCAUCACUGCAGCAAUUUCCUUCUGAUAUAACAUCCGCACUUAAAACUGUCCGCGGUGCAGCAGAAACAGCUGCGAAGAGUAUCUGGUGCGUUCAAUGCGGCGCGGUUGUAUGGAACACUGGUCCUCCUCCUAUUGAGGCCUUCCACAAUACGAUGCUACUCGGGACUAUGAUACCUACUAUUGCAGAUGGAUAUAAAAGACUACUCAAGAUGGUUGAUGAGGAGACUGACGCGGCGAUUGCAGCUGGUCAACAAACAAAGACGUUUCGGUUCCAUGAUUACGGAGGAUUGGGUUGUCGAGAGGCAACCGUUCAGGAGGCGAUGCUCUGUGUUGAGAAGGGAGCGUUCUUCAGUGCGGUCGAAAUGCCACCCAUGCAAUGGCGCACCACCGUACGAGCAUUGUUGAGGAUUGAUAUUCAUGGCAAUGAGACACCAGGCUUCAAGCACAAGGGCCUGAAAGAUCUUGUCGGCGAAAUGGAAUACCGCCGGAGGACCCGUCACGCGCUCUUGGAUGCCGCAGAAGCCACUGUUGAUAACGGCCAAGGGAAAUGUCUUGGCGAGAGGACCGGAGGAUGUCUGGAAAUUCUUCGAAUGGCAAAGGUCGCCAUUGACGAUCUAGUGAUCCCAUGA